AUGGAAAAUAUGAACAUGAAUAAAGAAUUAAUACAACAACAAACAGAUAAACUCGAAUACUACUAUAAUUUAAUGUUGGAGAAACUAUGCAAUAUGGUUAUCGCUUCAAAUGCAUCCGAAGUUCAUGAAAUUACUAGAUCUUUUUGUGAAGUUUUAUCCGAUUAUAAAAAAUAUACAGAUGGUAAAAACAUAUUCAAUAGUUACACGGAAUAG